GUUCCUUGUUCGGCAUUCGAGUUUCGAGGGAUAUUCGGGAAUCGUCGAUUCGCUAUUUGUUUGUGGGCGCGAUCGGAUCGGUGGCAUUGAGGUGGGUCAGCGAGUGGGUAAACAAACUAUAAACGAAUUUCGACGUUCGUCCGUUACAAAAUAAUGGAAGCCGAAAGCCCGCAAAAAGUGCAAAGACCAUUCAAAAUUUGUAACAGCACAAGAGAGAUACGUAAAGGGAUUGUUGCAUUGUCGCUAGAAGACCUAACCUCAAAAGUUCGCGAAAAGUUAGACAUUGUAAACGAUAACAAUUUUACUGUGGUCCUAGAAGCCGACGGUACAGAAAUAGACGAUGAAGAAUAUUUCGCUACUUUAGAUGCAAAUACGAGCCUAAUGAUUCUGGCGCCGAAUCACAAGUGGGUGCCCCCGUACCCUACAUGUAACCUGAGCAAAGAUCAAGUGGAUGACGCUAAUAAUAAGGGCGAUGAGCUAGCCGGCUUGGUAGGCCGUUUAAAAACAAACUUGUGCCAUUUAUCGUUGUUGGGCGGCCCGGAAUUGGAACUAUUGAGCGACAUGGAUCCAGAUUCUUUGGCUGAUCUGACCUACCCCGACAAAAUAUUUCUUGAUCAACUAAAGGAAGCGUCGGGUCGGUUUUUAUGUGAAAAACGUCAGGCCCAAGACGCGAUGGAUUUGUUAAGACUGUACCAGGAAAAGGAAGCGGCUGAAUCGGAGGCCAACUGAGUGAUACUGAAUUUUUUAUUCAUGCACUUGAUGUUCUACUUAUACCUUAAGCCCCUUUUGUAAUAUGGUUUAUAGACAACAGAAGUAACUAACCAUAUAAGACUGAAGAAUUGCCAAUAAGAAGAUUUCAAAUUUGACAUCGUGGCGUCAAAAAUAAUAAAUUGCUCAAUCACAUCACCAAAUCCACCACACACAAGUCACAAAGUCUUUUUCGAACACCUUAGAAAACUUUGAAGACACCGGACAAAAUAUGUUUGUGCAUCAUUUAUCACCAAAGUAAUAUUUAAUGGAAUUGUAUUUUAGGGUAUUUACGACUAAGUUGAACAUGAAGUAUUUGCCUAUUUAUUGCUCAAAGAGAAAUUCACAUUUUUUAAAGUUUAAUUAUUAGGUACUUAUCUUUAGCGAUUUGCUGAGCUCUUCAAAUUGAGUAGGAGCCGAUGAGGCUAGAACAGUAUAUGAAUUAUUUAAGACUGAGUCAAUUUUUGUUAAAAAGAGCAAUGCAUGAUUAUGCAGUUGAAUUUUGUUAGCUCCCUGCACAAAUAAUUUAAAUUCACGCUGAGAUUCGGAGACGUUUUAUCUCAUUUACAAAUCAAUUGAUAGUUCUGUGUUUAUAGUACUUAGUCCUUGGUCUAAGAGAAAUCAUACACCUAAUACCAAAUAAAUUAUUUGUGAGGUUAAUAGAGCGAGAAGCUGAAACCAGAAACUUUACACUUUGUGUACGUUUGUUUUAUAACCAAAACUUUCUGGUGCUUGAGAUUUUUGAGGCUUUUGGGAACAUUCGGUUACAACAGACUGUGAAUACGAUACGUAUGACAUGGCCAGUAUUCGGCUAAGUGAAAUCAGCCAUUUUAAUGCGUUUAAAGGAAAAAGUACCUAUUUAGUGUGGUGGCUGCAUAGAGGCUAACAUCAACAAAACGGAAUACUGGCAAAUUACAAGUUAUGCAAUUUAAGAUAGAAAGAUGAAUGCUGGAAUUCUUCGGAAUUGGAUACUUGGAAAACUCUAGAGGUCCAAAUACAUGAAAUGCCGAUGUUUAUAUCCUUUUUAACACGAAAGGAAUAAGACUAAUUCAUCGGACAAUCAAUCAAUGAACCGGAGGCAGAGCGAAAGUUCUGGUUGCUGAGGAUUAGCCACAUAACAAGAUUGUGAUAGAGCAUUGCAAGACGGAAUGACGAAACAUGAAAUUUUUUAAUCAAGAUGGGACACCGAACAAAAGGACAGCUUCGGUUGAAAAAGGGGGAUGGCCUUGAGAAUGAUGUAUUAAACUAGAAACAAUUCAAUUCAAUUCAAUUCAAUAAUGCUUUAUUGUCGAAAUUUUAUAAAAACCAUUGACAAAGCGAUUCUUAAACUAUACACACAUUUUAAUUUUUAUCACAGUCAAUAUUCAAAUUAAUAAUUAAACUAAUACCCAAUUGAUUUUUCAAGUUAAGUAGGUACCUAUGUAUCACUUCAAGAGAUCAAAACAUAACGACAUAAAAUAGACUAAAAUGUUAAUAUCACAAGCACAUAAAAGAAAGCAGAAACAACAUUAUCAAAAACAUAUUAAAAAAAAGAUAAAAAAUAAUAAUAAAUAAUAAAUUUCUUAUAUUUUCAGUAAAGUAGGUACUAGGAUAAAAUACUAUAAAAAUAGUUAAAAUGUAUAAAAAUUCCUACACAAACAAAGAAGAAAAACAAAAUAAAAAAAUAUACAUAUUUGAAACCUUGUUAACACUUUAAAACAAUAUAAAAAUAAAUAAAUGCUAAAACAAAAAAACAACUAGGUAUUUGGGACCUUUCAGAAUUGACAAUUUUAUUAUGUAUGAGUUGGUAUGAGGGAACAAUGAUACAAAAGAUUGUUAUAAUAAGAAGACUAAAUUUUACUGAUAAAAUUCUUCAAGACUGUAGUAUGCCUUUCAAUUAGGAAUUCCUUGAGAGAUUUACGAAACCCUUAAUAAUUGUUUUGGCAUUUAAUUUGGUUCGGCAAAUAAUUAAAUAUUUUGAUACUUUCGUAAAUAAUAGAAUUUCUUGUUAAGCCAGAUUUUGGGAUUGGCAAAUAGUGGAGUAAAAACAAGGGAAAAAGUCGCUUCCUUCUCGAUUUUUUUUUUUGGAGGUCUAACCACAUGAAACCUAUACAGGAUGAUCGGUUAUGCUCUUGUGCAUCUAAAAUGGCUAAUUACGACUUUUUUCGCGGGGGCAGACAUUUUUUAUCUCAAAAAAUGUGACAAAUAUGUCAAAAUGUUAUUUUCGUGUUUUUUUAAACCCACCGCGCGAUAACUCCGGAACUAAUAAACCUAUCAACAUAAUUUUUUUUUAAUCGGUAGAGGACAUAUGAGCGGUGAUAACUGUGCUAGUUUAAAUCCCAUAGUGACUCAAUUUUUUUUUGGAAACUGGAUUGAACUCCAAAUCGUACUUUAAUUGCAGCAUGUUUUUCGGUAAGCGAGAAACUUUUUUAUUUGAACGAAUUUUGCCAUAGUAUCUGCG